AUGCAUCAGCCGAUUGUCUUGCGAUUCAACAUUUGUUCACAAACGGAUACCCAACUUUAUUAUCGUCAUCAUUAUCCAGAUUCAUCACCGUCUCCUCAACAUUAUGCCCCAUCACCACUGGCACCACCCCUCACUUCAUUACCAUUAGUAGACAACGACUAUGAAAUGAUUUCUGAUGAUGAAAAUAAUAACAGCACAACAGAACAACAACGUACAAAUGAAGGGCCAACAUGUUUAAGGAUGAUUCUCAAACGUCCAGAACUUUGGAAACAAGCAGAAGAUUCUGAAGAAGAAGAACAAACACCGCCACCAAAAAAAUCUCGACGACCGAUUUCGAUCGAAGAAUAUAGACAACGACGGGCAGUAAUAACAGUAACAUCAAUGCCGUCUCUCGCUCCCGUUUCGUUAUCACCAAAGCUUUUACAACAGGAAUACGAAGAAUCCCAACCGUUAAAAGCAGUAGAACAACUCACAUUGCCUGAAUUAGUCGUUAAUGCCUCCCCCGUUUCCGUGCUUUCGUCCUCACCGUUGCCACCCACUUCGAAUCAACAACUAAUCCCGGUUGAAACACCACUGUGUGCUCCAACUUCAGUUCGACGCAACCCUCGUUCAAAAGCCAAGAAACAAAGAGACAAUAUCAAAAAAAGAGACAAACUACGACGAAAACAUUAUCAAAUUGAAGUCGUACGACGAAACAUUCACCAAUAUUUUACUCAUACACGUGUGAAAAAUCUUCUGCAUCAAGUCAACAUUCACAACAAAAACGUUUUGAUUAAUAAGAACGGAAGAAACAACAAUAUAUCUCUUUACAUCGGUCUACCAAAUCUCGAAGCUCAGCAACAUGCCGAACAAACUUUAACUCCAUGGUGGCUUUCACGGCAACAUUAUCUGCAUCUUAUUUCAUGUCGUUAUCCAUGA